GAAAGCAGAUCGAAUGAGAAGAAUAAAGGAAGCAAGAAUGAAGAAGGAAAGGGAAAGGAAACUCCUUCCAAAGACCUGGCCCGGAAACCAGAUACAAAAGUGGGGAAAGACUCUAAAAAAGAGGAAAGUGUCCAGAAAACAGACCCAAAAGGCAAAGGUGAGACCAAGGCCAAAGAGGAGAAGGCGAUCAAUGACAAAGUCAAGGCCAUGGAGAAAAAGCUGAUGGGGAAGGACAAAAAGGAGGAAGAGAAGGGUUCGGUGCUGAAGAAGGACACAGGGAAAGAUAAAAAAGAGGAGGAAAAGGGCUCAGUGUUAAAGAAGGAUGUGGGGAAGGAUAAAAAGGAAGAAGAUAAAGGCUCAGCACUAAAGAAGGAUGACACAGGGAAGGAUAAAAAGGAGGAAGAAAAGGUCUCAGCAUUAAAGAAAGACACAGGGAAGGAUAAAAAGGAAGAGGAGAAGAGCUCAGCAUUAAAGAAGGGCUCAGGAAAGGACAAAAAGGAGGAAGAGAAGAGUUCGGAAUCAAAGAAAGAGGCAGAAAAAGACACAAAGGGAGAAGAUAAGAAAGAAAAAGAUAAAAAAGAAGAUGAAAAGAGCUCAGCUUUGAAAAAACCAAAGGCAGACGAGAAGGAGAAAUCCCAUCCAGAGGCAGAAAAGGCAGAGGGGGAGAAACAGGAGGCGGUGGCCGAGAGCAGCCCCCCCAAGCCCAGCACCGGCAGCUCCCCGGAUCAGGCCCAGGAGGACGAAGCCUCCAGCAUUUUUGACGAGCUCAUCGAGAAGGUGAAGAACAACGACGCCGAGGUCACCGAAGUGAACGUGAACAACUCAGAUUGCAUCAACAACGAGACCCUGGUGCGCUUCACCGAGGCACUGGAGUUCAACACCGUGGUCAAGCUCUUCGCGUUGGCCAACACUCGCGCCGACGACCACGUGGCCUUUGCCAUCGCCAUCAUGCUGAAGUCCAACAAGGUGUUGAAGAGCAUCAACCUGGAUUCCAACCACAUCACAGGCAAGGGCAUCCUGGCCAUUUUCCGGGCGCUGCUGCAGAAUGACACACUGACGGAGCUGCGUUUCCACAACCAGCGGCACAUCUGCGGGGGGAAGACAGAGAUGGAGAUCGCCAAGCUCCUGAAGGAGAACACCACGCUCCUGAAGCUGGGCUACCACUUUGAGCUGGCAGGACCGCGCAUGACGGUCACCAACCUGCUGAGCCGAAACAUGGACAAACAGAGGCAGAAACGCCUCCAGGAGCAGAAACUGGCACAGGAGCGUGGGGAGAAGAAAGAUCUCCUGGAGGUGCCCAAGCCUGGAGCCCUGCCCAAGGGUUCCCCCAAGCCAUCCCCGCAGCCGUCCCCCAAGGGUUCUUCCAAAACCUCUCCCAAGAAAGGUGGUGCGCCCACCGCACCACCCCCACCUCCUCCUCCGCUUGCUCCACCACUGAUCACCGAGAACCUGAGGAACUCACUGUCACCGGCCACGCAGAGGAAAUUGGGAGACCGGGCACUGCCAGUCCAGGAGAAGAACUCGCGGGACCAGCUCCUGGCAGCCAUCCGCUCCAGCAACCUCAAACAGCUCAAGAAGGUGGAGGUACCGAAGCUGCUGCAGUAG